AUGGAUACGAGCAGCACGAUUCAGACUGCCGUCGAGGCGGCCCGCGUGCCAGGCCUGUCGGUCGCCUCGGCGGUGCUCGCCAUUCUGGUGGUGGCGCUCAGCACCUACAGCCGCCGCUGCCGCCACCCGGCGCUCCGCUUCGUCGUCUGGGGCGCCUCCGUCGCCUUCAUCCCGCUUACCUCCUCGGCCAUCAGCGCCUUGCUGGGGGAGAGGAAGGCGCUGCAAGGCUGCAAGGGGCGCCCAGGCUGCCAGGAAGUCGAGGAAGGCAAGAACAGCCGGGAGGUCCAGACCAUGUGGACGCUCCUCCUGUGGAGCGUGCUCAUCGUCGUCAUCAAGGGCAACGCUGACGCCGCCGCGGCCUCGGCGGCCGCCGCCUCCGCCUCGCCUUCCUCCGGCGACGUCGGCGUCGACGGCCAGAAGGUCCGGACCCCCGUGGAGCUCCUCUUCAUGUACGCCUGGGUGGCUUGCCUCAUCGUGAUGUGCAUCCCCGAGGCGACAUGGUUGGGCAUACUGGGAAAAGCAGUUUUCAUCGUCUUCUUCCUGCUCGGCUUUGCCAAGGUGGUGCUUAAGCUGGUCGCCUUCUUCAUGGCGGGCAACUCUUACGCCGUCGGCAAGAACGCCCGGCUUGUCUCCGGCUACAUGGCCCAGCUCGUGGAGGACGGCGCGGAGGAGGGCAAUGGGCAUGUGCCUCCUUACGUGGUGGUAGGGGAGAGCAAGGAGCACGUCGAGGAAAAGCCCCAGGGGUACCGCAUCAAGAGCGACGCUCUCAAGAAUAAGCUCAGCACACUCGUGACCCUCAACCGUGUUUGGUGGCUGUCCGACCAUGGCGACGGCCUCCUCGCCAAGCGGCGGGAGCUCAGGGACCUCUGCCUUUCAUUCUCCCUAUUCAAGAGUCUCCGUCGUCGGUUCUCGGGGUACCCCUUGGCAGAGGCAGGGUCUAGCAACGCCGUCGACUUCGUGCUCAGGGGCAUGGACGCUGCCGCCGGGGACGGCAAAGGAGGCACCGACACGGACCGGGUGUUCCGAGUCCUCGUGGACGAGCUCUGGUUUGCAAGUGAUUUCUACUACUCUCCACUCCCAUUGUGCUCGUUCAGUGGGUGGUGCGCCGUCCUGAACUACAUCCUUUCGGUUCUCAUCAUCGCCGGAGCUAUCGGCGUGGGAGUGGUUUAUCAUGGCAAAAGGGUAAUCGCCUUCAGACCCGACUCCGGAGAGGACCCGGCUCCAGAUCCAGCAUCUUACCAAAAAGCUUAUUACUUCAUCACUUUGUUCCUCCUGCUGGCCACCGUGCUCACCGAAGCCUGUGAGAUCAUCGCCGGCGUGUGCUCCAACUGGACCAAGAUGGCCUUGCUCGGCCACUACAUCAGAUUCAGAAGCGGUACACCGGGGCGCUGCACUGACGCGGCGCUAGAAAGAGUGUUGCGUCUCAGGCCGGCGAAGCGCUGGAGUGACAAGAUCGGACAGAACUCUGUACUGGAGCCUCGCCGUUUCGGCAAGCGGUCGGGGCUUUUCUCGGAGAAGCUGUACGGGCGCGCAGGGCUGAUGAGAUCGGUGGAAGUCUCGCCGGCCGUGAAGGACGCGGUGCUCAGGUCCUUCAAGAGCAGCUAUGGGGGACUGGACAAAGGAAGCACGCCGGCAGCGCACCUGGUGGGCCUCGGAGGCAAGGUCGACAGCUGGGCGUGGCCGGCGAUCGGCGCCGGAAGCGGCACCAGCAGCACCACGGAGCAUAUCCUCGCUUGCCACAUCGGCACGAGGCUCUUCGAGAUCAAGUACUCGCACGCGGCCUACCCGGCGUCGGCGGCGGCCGACAUGACAGCCGCCUGCCAUUUGUCGUACUACUGCGCGUACCUGGUGGCGGCCACGCCAGGGCUGCUGCCGGACAGCCCGGCGUGGACCGACAAGCGGUACAAGGAAGUGGUGGCGGACGUGAAGGCGGCGCUGGGAAAGGACGACGACGGCGCCAGCGAAUCGACGACGCAGAGGUACGAGCGGCUACGCAAGGAGCUGAGCGCGACCACCAGGGACGAGGUGCUGCAGCGCGGCGCCGAGCUUGGGAGCCGCUUGGUGGAGGCGUACCCGGAGGACGAGGCAGCGGCAUGGCGGUUCCUGGCGGAUUUCUGGUCGGAGAUGGUGCUCUUCGUGGCGCCGUCGAAGAACGUCAAGGGCCAUGUCGAGGCCAUGGGGCGCGGCGGGGAGUUCGUCACGCUCGUCUGGGCGUUGCUCCUGCACGCCGGCGUCACGGACAGGCCUGGGACAGCUGACGGUAGUGGCGUCCCGUAA